UCUUGUGCAAGGCCUUUGGAAGAAAAAUGUCCCUUUCUCGAGUUGAAAAUCCUUGCUUUCUUCUUUUCUUGGUCAUCUUUCAAGCAAUAUUCAUUUUGAUAUUAUAUCGAGGUGGAGCUUCGAGUGUGUUUCGGGGUUUUUUAGAUGUUCCUCAACCAUUGGACUACUCAAAAACGGAAGAUGUUUAUACAAAUCUCAGCUUGUUUAUUCACGCUCCUAAUAAGGAAACUAUGCCGUACUGUACACCACAGUCACCAAUAUUUGUUGGACCCUUAACAAUCACCUUUAAUACACUACCCAGUGAAAGAACAAUCAUCAGCAAAAACCCUUAUGUCCAGUUAGGUGGGCGCUACAGCCCGCCCCACUGCCUGGCUCGUUACAGAACGGCAAUCAUUGUGCCACACAGGAACCGUGAAAAACAGCUGCGGCACUUGCUGUAUUACCUUCAUCCCUUCCUCCAGCGUCAGCAGCUUCACUACCGCAUCUACUUGAUUCACCAGGCUGGAAACGGUCCAUUUAACCAAGCAAAGCUCCUUAAUAUUGGUGUCCGUGAGGCCAUGAAGGAUGAUGACUGGGACUGCCUGCUUCUGCAUAAUGUAAACCUUGUUCCAGAGAAUGAUUAUAAUCUCUAUGUCUGUGAUGAAUACUACCCCAAACACAUGUCCAGUGCCAUAGACAAGUUACAGUACAGUUUGCCAUAUUGGUCCUUCUUUGGUGGUGUGUCUGCUUUGACCCCAAAUCAUUACAUGAAGAUGAAUGGAUUUCCAAAUACCUACUGGGACCGCGGCGGUGAGCAUGAUGACAUUGCUGAAAGGGUUAGCAUUUCAGGAAUGAAAAUAGUUCGGACCCCACUGCAUCUUGGGCGUUACAAGAUGAUGGACCAUGAACAAAUUUCUGACUAUGCUGAGAAUAUUAAAAGGCCUGCUGUAUUACACACUAGAACAACAUGGAAGGAUGAUGGAAUGAAUUCUCUGGAGUUCAAAGUCUUGGCCAAGAAGCAGUAUCCUCUUUAUACUAACAUUACUGUGGAUAUCGGGGACCCCCCAAUGCUCCCUUCACUGAGCAAAAUAUAGGAAAGGAAAGUUUGAGAUUGUGACAAUAUCUGGCUGUUUGGCAAUGCUGGAUGUGCUGGAGAACACAAAGGUUAUGAAAGAGCAUUUCUUUACUCUGGACUUCCGUUUACAAGAAGGAAAUUAGAAGUGCCCAGGAACAGCAACCGUUGUAUUAGCUUUAUUGUGGAAAACACUUGAGCAUUGUUAACUGCAAUGACUACUGAGGCUCUGCACUCUUCCCUCACUACUUGCACAGCUCUUCUCAAAGAGCGAAUUGUAGACCAUCCAACCAGCUACACUGUGAUUGUGGGUACUUCUGAUUAUUGUAUCCUUUCUGCAACUACCUGAGCUGAGUGUAAGAUGCUCUUACAUGUUUGACCUAGUUUAGGAACAGUUUUGUUUUCAAAAAGGCCUGCUGGUUAGACAACCUGUUCUUCUGCACCUUAGUGCUAAGGCUUUAAGGCUGCCGUUAAGUGUUACUAUAUUCAAAGUGUUAACCCAACCCAGUGAAAUCAAACUCAAGCAUGAAUGCAUAUAUAUAUGAAAAAGUUGAGAAGCAAUGUUUUUAGUAAUGUUCCUAAAAGUUAUUUGCACUGUUUCAUGCUUCAGCAGACUUUGACUGUCCCUACACCCAACUACCUCCAGAAAGCUGCUGCUCACACCCAGUACAGUCACCAUGGGAGUACACCUGAGAACUUCCUGUGACAAACCAUCUGGCCACAGUGUAUGACUGUUUGCCCCCAUAAAUUAUAUAUUGCAGCACUUGUCUGUCACCAACUGCUGAGGAUUUUGUAAACACUAUAAGAUGGUACAUUUUUGUGUUGCAGUUUUAUAAGAACAUUUAGAGAAAUAUCAGUUUUUUUCCUAAGGGAUUUUCUAGAGGACAUUACGAAGGUGGGCAAUAUAGUAUGUGAGAAUUAACUUACAACCUACUGUAAGCAGUGGAAGGCUGAAAAUAAUGUGGCUCAAUCUAAAGUGAGAGGGAUACUUGCACUGUACAGUCAGAGUUGUUCAGACCACAUGGUGUUACUGAGAAUGCACUAAUCUAAAAACCACUUUCCCACAUGCAAACAGACUUAUUUCUUCCCUAAGAUGGUUCUUAAAGGCCGUGUCAUUUAAAUUUCUCAACAGUGUUUCACUGUAUUUACUUGCACUUGUUUUCCAAACUUGUUCUCUGUAUUACAGUAAAAAUUAGAUAUAAACCAAGGUGUUCUUAAAAAACUGAUAAAUUAAGAACCACAAUUCAGCUAUAAUACAACCAGAAUAAGCAUUUUUAGACAGGUUUAAAUUAGUACCUUUUUCAAUUUGUCAUGGAUCCAUUCAUUUCUGUUGCAAGCAGAAUAAAAUUUAAUGUGAGAAACUAAAACUGUAAAGCUGGAAGUGGUUUUGUUGUCCACAGCUGCUAAAAAAUGUCAGCAAGAUAGUUUCAUAGCACAGCAAUUUGAACUGCUCUGACCCUAGUCAAGAGCUCAUCUGGAUUUGACAGGUUCUAAAGAGUAUAAAAAACAGCCACUCACCAGAAGUCUGGCUUGUUUCAAAAGGCAGGGCAACUAUACUAUAAGCAGGUAGUAAUAAUCAUCAGUUAAUGAUUUCUGUUCAAUUGUCAAGAGCACUUCUCCUCUUUGAAGUGAUUACCACCACGUGUGGGCUGUACAAUGCAGAAACAUCUACACAUUGUGAAUCGUAUAAAUAAACACAUCUACUUUUCCCUUACUAAUAUGUGAAAAGUGCAGAUCUAAUGCUGGCGUUAACUCUAGUCUAUGUCACUGGGCUGGCACUGGAAGUGGCUCCCAAUCAAAUACCAUGAAAUGCAUAAAAACGUUUCAGUUUGAGCAUCUACAUUAAGAACACUUUUCUAUUGACUAUAUUCUUGAUGUAUAAACCACAGAAUGUUCAUUUCUCCCAGAAAAUUCUCCGCUUCAUUCUCCACGACAAAACAGGUGACACUUUUAAUAUUAUGUGCUGGGAGGGGCCGUGGCUCAGUGACAGAACACCUGCUUUGCAUGCAGAAGAUCCCAGGUUCAAGUCCGUGGAGAUAUUCAACUGACUCCCCAAUACAGUCUCUUUUGCCAUCACAUAACAUGGCUGCCCAUAUGGCUAUUUCAUUAGUAUUCACACAGUCCCACUGAUUAUCUUAUAUAAACAUGAAAUCUCUAUUUAG